AUCACGUACAAGAUCGCACCUGUAAGGUUCCCACCUCUCCGUACCUUACAUGGGCGAACAUUUCACCAUAUGCAGACCGAACCCAACGACAACCAUGCUGAACUUUCUUGUUCUAGUACUUGUUGUGCUGCAAAUGAACGCCCCAUCUAUGGGUCAACUGUGCGGCGGCACCUUGACCAGCUCAGGGGGCGAAGUGACGUCACACGGCUUCCCUAACUUCUACUUGCAUAACCAGGACUGUACCUGGGUGAUCGAGGCACGAGGUGGCCGCGCCAGCGUCACGUUCCUGGACUUCGAGCUGGAGCAGCCGGCAGGGGGCGCUUUUGGCACAUGUCGUUACGACUACGUGGAGAUUCUCUCCUCUGGGGAGUCCAUAGGUACAUACUGUGGGAACAUGAACCCAGGCUCGGCCAGUUCGGACGACAGGAUCGAGGUCCGGUUCGUCAGUGACGCCACCUUCGACGCCAGAGGAUUCCGCUUCACCUACAAGGUGCAGGGAGCGAUAGAAGAGCCCUCGUGCGGAGGAAUCCUGAACGACACAUCUGGGGUCGUGACGUCGCCAGGGUAUCCCGGGGAGUACGAUAACUUCCUGGACUGUACCUGGACCCUGCCGGCCACAGGUGUUCCCGUCACCGUCACCUUCACAGACUUCCAGACGGAGACGUCCUUCACCGGGCUCACCACCUGUCUGUACGACUGGGUGGACAUGUACGAGGACGGGACGCAACUGGGUCGCUGGUGUGGCACGGAGAAGCCGGAUGACGUCACGAGCACGAAAUCCCUGAGAAUCCGGUUCCGGAGUGACGGCAGUGUGGGAGACCGGGGGUUCCGGUUUGUCUACGAGUACCGGCAACCAGAUGAAACCACAACCUCCUCUCCAUCCAAACUCCCCGAGCUCGAACCAACACAGAUUCCAUCGGAGGAGACAACAUCCAAGUAAUAGCAUUUGUUCACUGAUCCGGAGCACGGAUGGACGAAGAGGCCAAGACGACUCUAAACCAAUCGGUCGAAACACACUAACAGUAAUAGCGACAAUAACAGAUCAAUAAAAGUGGACAA